AUGGCCGACAUCCAAGAAACCGUCGUGCCUUCGGGUCAGCAUUAUUCGGGGGCUCACCGUGUCCCAAAUAUCAAGCAGUUCAUGGCGUCCCUCGACAGAGAAAAGGAAGCCCGUGACGCCAAGUUGGAAGGGCCUGGCGAGCCAAAGGCUCACGAGAACAUCCCGGUCCGUGAGAUAGGCAAGAAUCGCCGUACCGUACGGGAUCCUGUCACGGGCAACGACGUCGAGAUCACCGACAUCGACUCUGGCCUUAUGAAGAGCGCCCGCAACCCGCAGCUUUCGGUGCCCAACGCGAACCUCAGCAGAUCGACCACAGUAGCAACCUCACCAAAUCAGACCGGAGAGGAGUACCGUCGCAACCAGGACGUCACCGCACCGCCGGAUCCCAUCGAGCCAGGCAGUACGUCGGACGUUCCCAUCCAUGGCGAGAAGACGAAUGUCUUGUUCCAUCCGACGCCAUCGGUGUCCUACGAGCCCAUGUUUGCGGCCAUCGAGGCGCGGGCAAAUUUCCUCUGUGGCGGUAUCUUCUUUGCCAUCAUCUUUCUGGGGCGGUUCUUUGGUGCGAGUCUCUGGGGCCUCAUCCCCCUGGCCAUGUGCAUCUCGUCUGGGGUGUUUCUGUGGGCCAAGGAUCUGAUCCGUCAGGGAAGAGAUCUGGAAUGGUCUAGCGAGCAAAAGCGUGGCGAAACUGCCGUCGUGAACCUCAUCCCGGAAAGUGUCGAAUGGCUGAAUACGGUAGUUGGCCUUAUCUGGAACUUGAUCAACCCCGAGAUGUUUGCUGCCGUUGCCGACACCCUGGAGGAUGUCAUGCAGGCUAGCGUUCCCGGCGUCAUCGAGCACGUCAAGGUCAACGAUAUAUCGCAGGGCACCAACCCGCUGCGCAUACUCUCCCUUCGCGCUCUGCCAGACUCGCACGUGCAGGACCUCAAGGACGAGAUUCGCAAGCGCGACGAAAAGACAAAAGAUCCACAGGAGCUUGCGGCAGACGAGGAAGGCGGAGACUUUUAUAACCUCGAGGCUACAGUCGCAUACCACGCUCUUCCUAGCUCGGGCGAUGUAUCGAGCAAGGCCAAGAACAUGGGCAUGCAACUCAUCUUUUAUCUAGGCGUCCGCGGUCUCUUUGGAGUCCCGCUGCCCAUCUGGGUGGAACUUAACGGACUGGUGGCGACAGUGCGCCUACGUGUGUCUCUUGCACCGAAUCCACCUUUCAUCAAGACGCUCAGCUUUACCCUUAUGGGCUUGCCCAAGGUGGAGGCAUCUUGUGUGCCUUUGGUCGAGAAGGGGGCCAAUAUCUUGAAUCUCCCCGUGAUUUCCAAUUUCGUCAACUGGGCCAUCGCUACCGCAGCCAACAUGUAUGUUGCCCCCAAAAGCAUGACGCUUGACAUUGGCAAGAUGCUGCAGGGCGACAGCAUCAAGAAGGAGACGGAGGCACUUGGCGUGCUCUUCAUCCGCAUCCACAAAGCCACCGGUCUGAGCAAGCAAGACCGUCGCGGCAGCGAGGGCGGAGGGUCUGACCCGUAUAUCUGCGUCGCCUUUUCCAAGUUUGGCAAGCCGCAGUACUGCACCCGAGUGAUCCAGGAUGACCUGAAUCCUGUAUUCUCGGAAAGCGCAGCGCUGCUUGUGACGCCCGAGGUGAUCAAGGCGGACGAGCAGCUAUCGCUGGAGCUGUGGGACUCCGACCGCAGCUCUGCCGACGAUGUUGUGGGCAAGGUGGAGCUGAGUAUCCAAAAGCUCAUUCAACACGCCGGCAGGAUGUUCCCGCAGAUCUCAAAGCUGCGCGGUGUCAAGGCCGACAGCACCAUGCCAGGCGAGCUGCACUGGGAGGUGGGCUACUUUGGCAAGACGCAAUUCCGUCGGGCGCUCAUGACGGACGGCAAGGACCCGAAACUGCCCAAGGAGCUUCGCGACAAGGCCGAGCUGCAGGACGACAAGGGCGCGCUGGAGACUAGCGAGGAGGAGGCAGUGGUGCGCACACCGCCAGACCCGCUCUGGCCCAGUGGUAUCCUGAGCAUAGUCGUGCACCAGAUCGUCAACCUGGAACUCGAGAACGUCAAGGGCAGCAACGGCAAGCGGAAGGGCCGUGAGUUUGAGCCAGCAAGGCCUGAGGCGGGCGAGCUCAAGGAGGAACAGAGCAAGAAACUGCCAAGCUCGUACUGCACCAUCUUAGUCAACGACGAACUGGUGUACAAGACACGAACCAAGGUAGUCUCAUCGAAGCCUAUUUUUGAGGCUGGUACCGAACGAUUCCUACGCGACUGGCGCUCCGGCAUAGUGACGGUGACUGUGCGGGACUCGAGGAACAGGCAACAUGACCCCAUCAUUGGCGUGGUGCCGCUGAGGUUAUCGGACGUGUUGCUGACAAGCAGCCAGAGCACACGCUGGUAUCCUCUGGAUGGUGGUAUUGGCUUCGGACGUAUCCGUAUCAGCUUGCUGUUCCGUUCUGUGGAGCUCAAGCUGCCGCCGGCUCAGGUUGGAUUCGGCGAGAUCGGAACUUUUGAAUUCCUGUCAGACAGCAUCGAGACAGUGGGCGGCUUUGCGCCAUCUGCCAAGACACGCAUCCACCUGCGCACUGGCGGGAGUUCGGCGACGGUUAAGAGUGACCGCUGCUCGCUGGCGGAGGGUGAUGCGAAAGGCCUUCGUUGGGAUUUGAGCAAAGACAAGGUGCGACUGCCAGUGCGGUACCGGUAUCGUAGCCCGGUGUUUUUCGAGUUUGUCCAGUCGGGCAAGAGGAAGACGCACCACUUUGCAGUGUUUUGGCUGCAGGAUCUGCCAGAUAACGAGGAGAAGGACUUUGAUAUUCCUGUUUGGGAGUGUAACAACGGCACAAGGCUGUCGCAGAAUUACAUCACUGAAGAGAACUACAAGACAAUCCCGGACAUCCACAUCAAGGAGCUGGGCCGUGUCCGCUUCAGGGGCCGAUUUAAGCCCGGCACGGACCGAGAUCACCUCAAGUUCGUGAGCGACAACGAUUCGCGCGAGACUAUCGAAAGCUGGGAAGCUUGCUUCGCCGAGGGAGUUCGGACAGAGGAAGUUGUGGGCGAGGUGCCGCCAUCGAUCCAGAAGCUGCAUGAGGCGUCGCUCACGCAGGGGAGGGAUGUGCUAGCCGCCGCCCCCGAGUCGGACAAGGAGAAAUGGAUGGCAAAGGAUGGAACAGACUGGAGCGUUGCGUUUGGGAAGGAUCCAGUAGAGAUGUUUGGCCACCGGGGCGACGGCAAAGAUGAUCACAGUGAUGAGGACGACGAAUAUGAAGACGGGGACUCGAGCAACGUCGACUUGGGGGUUACCGAUGCUUCCACCGAGGACGGUAGCACAGGCCUCAGCCCCAUGUCAAGUCGUGGUGACAGCAGCCAAGGCGUGCGAGAGUCGAUGGACAGCACGAUCAGCGGCGGAGGGGAGCUGCAGAAGAGCAGCAGUGGCAGCAGCAAGAACCCCAUUAAGCAGUACAAGGAGUACAAGGGUCGGAGCCGGGACCUGCAUCGGAAGCACAGGGGCUUGAUGCAGUGGAGACCGAUGCGAAACGUACAGUUCGCCAAGAACGAGGCGACUUUUGCGGCAAGGAGGAUCAUGAAGGUGGGCAGCCUGAACGGGAGGAAGCCCGAUGUCGAGACCGAGGUUUAA